AUGUCUAAUGAGGAACCAGAGAACGUGGAAAUUAUUGAAAGCCAGGAAACAUCACCUAUUGAUGAAAAAACACAGAAAAAUUACAGCAUUUGGAAGAAGAAUGCCCCAUUUUUAUACGAUUAUGUCUUUACAAGUUCAUUGAUAUGGCCUUCAACCACGGUUCAAUUCCUUCCAGACUUAGAAAAACUGGUUACCAAUGCAGAUACAAGCUUUACACCAAAGAAUAAAGAUUCUGCCGAAAAUGAUCUCGUGUAUCAAAGACUACUCAUAGGGUCCUUCACUCUGGGAAUGGGAAUAGACACCGUUUCAAUCUACCAGCUUCCUUAUUAUAGAAAUUUGAAUAAAAACUUAACUAUAGACAAACUAAAUUUCAAUCCAAGGAAGGAAGAGUUCGAGUUAAACAAUGUCUCAAAGCUUUCCGCCAACCAAUUACAAAAAAUCAAUCAUAAAGGUGACGUUAAUAGGUUAAAAUACAUGCCUCAAAAUCCUGAUGUUAUUGCCAGUGCCAACAAUUUAGGAGAUUUAGUAAUCUACGAUCGAACGAAGCACUCCAAUGUUUUCAACUCCAUCAACACUGAUAUAAAUGAACCUCAACUACGUUUGGUGAAUUCCAAAAAUUCUGUUAGCGAUAUCUUUGCUCUAGAUUGGAAUAAACAGAAAGAAGGGGUAAUAGUAUCGGGUAAUAUGUCAGGAGACAUUAAUGUACAUGAUAUAAAAAGGGACUUUAUUUCAAAAGACUCAACUAAAAUAUCAACAUGCUCAAAUUAUUCCAAUAAAAAUAUUGGGAUAAACGAUAUAGAAUGGGAACCCAAUCAUGAUAGUUUAUUUUAUUGUGUGGAUGACGAAGGAUUUAUAAAAUUAUAUGAUACUAGACUAGAUACGAAUGAAUUCAAUGUAAUAUCACAUAAUGAGUCACCGUAUGGAAUCAAUAGUUUGAGUAUAAAUCCCAAAAAUUCCAAGUGCAUAGCUACUGCUAAUGUUGAAGGAAAAACCAGUAUUUGGGAUAUUCGGAAUUUCGGUACUUAUAAGAAUGAACCACUUUAUAGGAUUCAAAGUCAUAAGGAUUCUAUUACACAAUUAAAAUGGCAUCCAAAUUUUCAUAAUGUUUUAGGAUCAUCUUCUACAGAUCGUCUGGUUAAAAUUUUCAAUGUUUCUAAUAUAAAUGAUGAAAACAGCGGGUUGUUUUUCACUCAUAGUGGUCAUAUGUUAGGAGUGUAUGAUUUCGAUUGGUCGUUGCAUGAUGAAUGGAUGAUUGCCAGUGUUUCUGAUGAUAAUUCAUUUCACGUUUGGAAACCUUGCCAAAAUAUUGUACAAAAUUUCAAAUCUAUAUAG